AUUCAGAGUGAGAAUGAUGGAUCGACGAAAAGUAGCCCAGUGAGCUUAACUAUAGUUGAUGAUGGGCCUCGAAUGGCCUAUCACACUCGUUUCUUUUCUUGUUCUUCUUCCCUUGCCUAGGCUUCUUGCCUUUACUAUUCAGUGCGCACCUUCGAAUCUCCAAAGCUCCAACCGGAAGAAUCUUUUCUGCAAAUCUUAACAGAGAAACCAGAGAGAUGGCCAAUUCGCUCGUAGGAAAAUCCAUAAAAGCAAUAAAAAAUCCGAAUCUUCUCACUGCGCUCUCAGCUUACCCCAUUCGCAAAUUAAGUUCCGCUGCCACCGUUGAACAGCCUCAGUCGGAGGGUCCCUCAUCGUCCUUCGCCUUUUCCUCUGACGGGAGCAAUGAGAAGAACGAGGAUAGCAUAUACGUCAAGGGACCAAAUUGUAAUCGCAGGCAAGAUGCGUCGUCUUCUUCAGUGACCAUGCCCAUGUCGUUCAUGACUGGGUCGAUUGUGGGAAAGCGGUUCUACAAGCAGGUAACAACGAGGGAGGCAGAUGAUGGGAAUGGUUGCACGGUGAUGCUGGACUAUAGAACUCUCAAGACGCCUUCCAAGAAGCCUCUGAAACUCCCUACUCUCGCUCUUGCUAAGGCCAUAGCUGCUGAAUGGGAAUAUCAGGAAAAAGAUGGCAUAAGGCCUUUCACAAUGCCUCUUAUGAAGCUUGCUUGUACGGCCCUGGAACGAGUUCCUGUCACUCGGACCAAAAUCAUUGAGAAUUUGAUGAAGAAAUUCAACCAAGAUCUAGUCUUUUGUCGUGCUCCUGGUGAUAACGAUCUUACAAGCAAUGUCCGUGAUCGCCAAGUGGAGAAAAUUGAUCCCCUGCUCCAUUGGGUGGAGUUGGAAUUUGGCUUCAAACCUACUGUCUACUCCAGCUUUUUUGGUGGAAAGCAGGAUGAUGGUCUCUGCAAGGCCGUAGAGAACCUUCUAAAGGGAACGGAUGAUUGUGAAUUGGCUUCAAUUGAUGCCAUCGCCGCAGCAGCUCACUCUUUAAUUAUUGCUAUUGCUUUAAUUCGUGGUAGACUGCAGAUUGAGGAAGCAAUCGAGCUUAUUAGACUAGAAGAAGAUUUGCAGAUAGACAAGUGGGGCCUGGUUGAAGGUGGGCACGAUGUGGAUAUUGCUGAUCUCAAGGUGCAGAUUUCUUCAGCCGCUGUUUUUCUUGGUUUGUCGAGGAGAAUAUAAUUUCUGCACAUCGUCUCUCAAUCCAAGUUAUCAUACGAAGAACUAGCUAUCAGGCUAGUUCAUGGAACAGGUUGUCGAUGUGAUAUCCAGAGCCUACUCAAGGUCGCGAGCAAUUUUGUAUUGUUGAUGAGUUAAUACCUGAUAAUUAGGAAUUUUCUGGGUGAUAGAAUAAGACGUCAACUUCAUUGCGUGAGAUGUUGCCUAGACUUCAUGGCAGUCAAUGUUUGGUUUGUGGGUUGGAAGAAGGUGAUGAAAUACGCCAUUGACACGUUUCAAUACAGAUGUCAAUGUUUAGUGAGUAGACAAACAAUCACGAUGUUCACAGAAAUAAAAGAAACAAAAAAGGAAUCACAAACACGAAUUUAGGUACGUAGUGCAUGAUAGAGCGUUAUAUUUUUGCCAAUGACAUAGCUUUGAGCAGAUGAAUAAUUGAAAAACUCGUAUGCAAGAAAUACAUUUACUCACAUUUUUGUUGCUA